UUGUAGUGAAGAUUGUUACUUAAUAUCAACAACUGCUUUCAGGUUAUUAACAGGAUUUUGAUUGAAGCAAGUAUUGGUGAGCCAAAUAUCAAUUCUCUAAGGGACAAGGUAUAUCAAUACGCAAGAGUCAGAGGAAUAUGUGAGGAGUGUGCAGAAUUAAGAUUAUUCGAGAAAAAAUAAUUUCAAAAGAAAUCUAUAAGCAUCGGAAAAAAAGAGAGACAAUACAAUCCUUCAGGCCUAAAGAAAUUUUGGUAAAAGCCUAAUUAGGUAGCAAGCGGGCCUACAAUUUGCGAAAUAAUAGAGUGCAAGUCCAUCAUAUGCUACUGGCCUGUGCAGUCUCCCAAGAAAAUCUACGUCUACAAGUGCAAGUUUUCAGAGAUUAAUCCGCCGCAGGCCGAAGGGAUUGGCGAGCUCAGGGUUUUUCGAAGCCCUUUUGGAGGGUGAAGUCCAUAUGAAAAUAGGGAAAACAAUAUUGGUAAACUUCUGGUUCUUGAUCCGAUUGGGAUACGGUGAAGUUACAUCAAAUCUAUAAAUAGGGGACCCUAGCUUUGAUUCUUGCACAACAAAUCCUGGUAUAGUUUUCUUUCAAAGGUUCAUAUUCCUUGGAAAUUUAUUUUGCUAUAAUGGGGAAUUGCUUGAUCCCGCCAGUGAAACCUGAUGAACGUUUCAGCAAGAAAAGUAAUCCUGCGCUACCACCAGACCUUCCAGCCGAAGAUAGCAAUCAAGUUAAGCCGCCGCCGCCGCAGAGGUUAUUCAACAGGGAAAACAAUGGCAAACUAACUGAAGCUCAAGUUGAAGAAGAAGGCCGUGGCGCUCUACUGCUCCCAUCGCCACAAUGCAGGGAGGCAAGUAACCCUGAAUCAGUUAAAGUUCACAGACAAAUCGUAGCUAGAGUUGAAGAACGCACUGGCGCUCUUCUACUCCCACAUCAAGUAUUCGAGAAAGCAAGUAACUGUGGAUCUGUUGAUGCUCAAAAACAAACCAAAGCUCAAGUUGAAGAACGCGGCGGCGCUCUACUGCUCCCGUGUACUGCUUCCCCAUGAAUUUUUCCAACUUUAUGAAUUAGAGAGCAAUCACCCAAGAACCUGCAACGGGCAAUGAUUCGGUUUCAUUGUACUCAUUGGAGAGCGUUACUAUUUUUGUAGCUACCCGAUUCUUUUUCGCUAGUGUUCAAACUUUUCCAUGUAUUCGUUUCUGUUUAUUAAGAGUUUUCAGGAGUUUUUGCACA